UAUUCUCGGUACACCACGAAGGAAAACCAAAACAACUCAUAUUAUAGCCAACCAUGGAGAAGUAUAGCGACGAAUCUUCUGCUCGCAAAGUAGCAGCUGCGUGGAUAACCCUCGUUGCGCUGUUAGGCUAUGCUUGCGCCGGCGCUGAAGCGCAGUGCGGCAGUGAAGCGCCUGUCGAUACCGUGACUUGUCAUCGCUACGAGAACUGCGUGGAGAGAGUUAUCACUUCGCUGCAGAAUGCAACGCCCGACAAAACGGGCUUCAGUUACACCAGGAUAUACCCGCGUGGCACCUACGACGGCGUUAAAGGUUCCGCCAGUUGUGUGGCGGGGACCGACAUCCCACACUGCCAACAGUGUCUUGUUGGGGCCAAGGCGGCGCUGGACGACUGCAAAUCUUACGCCGCUGCUGGCUCUUUCAUCGGCGACGUCUGUACCAUGUCAUAUGCCCAGUUCCUCCCUCGCCACUGACAGUUUAGUACUGCUAUAUAUGUAUUCCUGAUGCAAAACGGUCUUAACAAUGCCAGCUCUAUGGAACUGAUCAAUGACAAGCUACCUAGGCGGCUUGGUAACAAUAAUAGCAUUGUGUUUAU